AGCUCUCUUGGGCAGCUGGAAAAAGAGCGGAGACGAGUUCUGGUUUUCCGUGGCCGGGGGUGGGGUGCCGGCUCCGGAGAGUGCCGGAAGGAGGAGAAAAGACCGCAGACUGGGGUCGCUCUCCACCCGCAUCCCGGUCACGAAGGGGUGGAAGCAAAAGGACCUUUACAAUCUGGGCUUAAUUUUACACCUGAGGAGAUAAACCCACGCGAGAUAAUUGGCCAAACGUCGUACAGCUGGUCAGUGGGAGAAUCAUCAUUGUUAGUAAUUAACUCCACCUUGGAUUAACGCCCUAGUUUCCUUAGAAGAACCAGAUGAUUUUAAUCAAAAUUUAAUGUCGAAAAAUGUUCUCUAAAACUGUAGUCUCUGAAGUCCCUUUUUAUUUACUCUUUUCUCAGCAGCAGCCCUGUUAAGUUCUUUCAAUGGGAAAAAUGGCGAACAUGAUCAAUUUCAUCCUUCUCACCACUGUUCUGGUAAUGGGCAGGGAAAGCUGGACUCUCGAGAACUGCCUGCACGAGCAGGCGCGGCUCAGAGCCCAGGUGCACCUGCUUGAGACCCGGGUCAAGCAGCAGCGGGUCAAGAUCGCGCAGCUUUUGCAUGAGAAGGAAGUCCAGUUCCUUGAUAAAGGAGAGGAGAAUAGCGUCAUUGACCUUGGAGGCAAGAGGCAAUACGCAGAUUGUUCAGAGAUUUUCAAUGAUGGGUAUAAGCAGAGUGGAUUUUACCAAAUCAAGCCUCUCCAGAGCCCAGCAGAAUUCUCUGUGUAUUGUGACAUGUCCGAUGGAGGAGGAUGGACUGUAAUUCAGAGACGAUCUGAUGGCAGUGAGAACUUUAACAGAGACUGGAAUGACUAUGAAAAUGGCUUUGGAAAUUUUGUCCAAAAAAAUGGUGAAUAUUGGCUGGGUAAUAGAAAUCUUCACUUAUUGACUACCCAAGGAGACUACACAUUAAAAAUCAACCUUGCAGAUUUUGAACAAAAUAGCCGUUAUGCACAGUAUAGAAAUUUCAAAGUUGGAGAUGAAGAGAAUUCCUAUGAUUUGCAUAUUGGGGAAUAUUCUGGAACAGCUGGAGACUCCCUCACAGGGAAUUUUCAUCCUGAAGUGCAAUGGUGGGCCAGUCACCAAAGAAUGAAAUUCAGCACAUGGGACAGAGAUAACGACAACUACGAAGGGAACUGUGCAAAAGAAGAUCAGUCUGGCUGGUGGUUUAACAGGUGUCACUCUGCAAACCUGAACGGUUUAUAUCACACUGGCCCCUACACGGCUAAAACAGACGAUGGGAUAGUCUGGCACACCUGGCAUGGAUGGUGGUAUUCCUUGAAAUCUGUGGUUAUGAAAAUUAGGCCGAAUGAUUUUAUUCCAAAUAUUGUUUAAUUGUCCCUGCUGGGCUUUCUUUUCUGCAGUUCAUCUUGGUUUAAGUGAUUUGAAAAAUAGCAAAUCUGAACGAUUCACAUGUAUAAUGAUGGCAAUUGUUAUGUGCACUGCUCUUCAUUCUUACCUGCCUUUAUUACUUAAUGUACUUUCAGUUCAGCAAAUAUGUGAUAUUCACCAAAUAAAUGUAGAUUAUGUUACUAUUUAA